AUGACACGAACGCGGGGUCACCUCGAACACAACAUCCCCACCAAGGAGGACAACCCCGAGCAGCCCGCGCGCCGACCUGAUCUCAGCACCUUCUUCUCCACGCUUGAGCUGGUCGAUACCUCUGACGCGCAAGCACACCACAAUGCCCACGCGGUACCCCAGCCUGAGAAUGUAGCGGCUGCAUUCCGGUUGCUCGCCAACGCUUUUGACAUGAUGCGCGGACGGCCUGCGGACGAACAGGGCGACCACACCACCGGCGGCGAUGAUCUGCUAGCGAGCAUGAUUGAGCAGCUGCGGCAACAUGCGGAUGAUCCACCGACCGAGUUAAAAGGCGUCCCAGACAGCUUCUUGGACGAGCUGGACCGUGUGCCGAAAAAGUCGCUGAAGCCAACUGAUACUUGUCCCAUUUGUGUGAAUCCUUUCCUAGAGGACCAGUAUCCGUUGGUUGUAGAGCUUCCGUGUCACCCAGAUCAUCGCUUCGAUCUCGAUUGCAUCAAGCCGUGGCUCAAGCUCAACUCAACAUGUCCCCUUGAUCGUAAGGACCUUCUGAAAAAGAAGAAGCCACUACCGCCUCCAGCGGACGACGACGAGGAAGAAUACGAUGACAUGUACGCUUGA